CUCAUUACGUAGUGCAAAUGACGACAAGCAGAGUGGCAUGGCGCUCGUGAUGUACUUGAUCAAGAGACCGCUAGAAUGUAUACCAGCUGUCAUUCUGGGAUUAUUACUCAAUCUUUUGGACGCAAUUUCAUAUGGUAAAAAUGCAUGAUUACGUUUCCGCUCAACAAUCCGAUUUUCGCAUCCUUCGGUCCGGAUGGCAUCUCGAUGUUUUUUGUCAGUUGCAUAAUUGCACAGAUUGUGUAUUCAUGCGGCGGAAGUAUCUUUCCCGGAGGCAAUGGAAGUAUGAUGAUUGAAGUGGUUCCCUUCCUGCACAUCAUGGCCGAACGAAUCGUCCUUUAUGUUGGAGAAGAGCAUAAGCAGGAAAUUAUUGCAUCCACCAUGGUUGCUUUUGCUAUUAGUAGCAUAAUGACGGGCGUCGCAUUUUUCUUGCUAGGUGCUUUCAACUUGGGAUCCCUCAUCGGAUUCUUUCCGCGGCACAUCCUGGUCGGGACCAUCGGUGGCGUGGGAUGGUUUUUGGUGAUCACUGGCAUCGAAGUGGCUGGUCGAUUGGACGAGAACUUUGAUUAUACCAUUCCUAUGUUUCGAAAAGUGUUUCUUGAUUCACAUACCUUGAUGCUUUGGUCGGCCGCUUUGGGUGCAGCACUCGUGUUACGAUUGAUACAACAACGAUACAACAAUGCAUUGGUCGUACCUGCGUAUUAUAUGGUGCUUCCAAUUGCCUUUUACUUCGUGUUAGCGAUUGCACGUCUCGAUGUAAAUCAAGUGCGCGACGCUGGAUGGAUUUUCCCGCUGGUAAAAAGCGAUUUACCGUUUUGGCAUUUUUACACCAACUUUAACUUUGCGAUGGUCGAUUGGCAAGCUAUUGCCAAGACAGUUCCUGCUAUGUUGGCGCUAACAUUUUUUGGUGUUCUCCAUGUUCCAAUCAACGUACCUGCACUUGGCGUGUCCACCAACAGGGAUGACGUCAAUGUCAAUCGUGAACUAAUCGCUCAUGGCAUGUCCAAUGCGAUAUCCGGCUGCUUCGGUUCUGUACAGAAUUAUCUUGUAUACACAAACAGUCUUUUGUUUAUUCGAUCUGGUGGUGACAGCCGAUUAGCUGGUUUGAUGCUUGCUGGAGCAACCAUGGCACUGUGGAUGGUGGGUCCUUGGAUCGUUGGCUAUGUUCCCACGCUUGUUGUCGGAAGCUUGAUUUUUCAUCUCGGGUUGGAUCUGUUGAAGGAAGCACUGUAUGAUACAUGGGGCAGCGUGCACUAUCUCGAAUACAUAACAAUCUGCAUGAUCAUCUUUUUCAUGGCCAUUUGGGGUUUCGUUGAAGGCAUCCUCGUCGGUAUCGUCAUGGCAUGUAUCUUUUUCGUGGUGCAAAAUGCUCGACUCUGCGAUGCAAUCCGAUCCAUGCACACGGGCCAAGAACUACGAUCCACGGUCAGAAGACUUUAUCGUCAGCAAAAAUUCUUAAAACAUGUUGGUGGACAGAUUCAAGUCAUCAAGUUGCAAGGAUACAUGUUUUUUGGUACCAUCAAUCAAGUUGAACGUGCUAUUCGAGAUAUGCUGGAUGAGCGCGCAUGGGAAAGGAGCCCUGUUCGUUUCUUGAUCCUCGAUUUGCAGUUGGUCCAAGGUAUUGACUUCAGUGCUGCUGAAGCGUUCGUUCGUAUACGGCGUCUGCUCAAGAACAGAGAAGUCUACAUGAUCCUCUGUAACAUUGCACGUGAUUCAGAUCAGGCCAAGGCACUGAUGAAGGCCGGUAUGUGGGCGGACGAGCUCGACGAUGGUGACUUGAAGUGUUUUGAGUAUCUCAACGAUGCAUUGGAAUGGUGCGAGAAUACACUACUGCGUGCGUAUUUUGCGCGCGUGCCACAUCAUCGGAUCCCAGCAGUACCAAUCAAGGACACAAAUACUGCUGAUAGCGAAGAGACACAUAUUGAUAUGAUUUCUGAUGCUUCUCCACGCCACAAAAUGGUGACCAAAGCUAUCCAACAACUCAUUCCAGACACGGGCGUACCCCAAAUGUACUCCAAUUUGUCACAGCCAACGCUAUUAAUGGUCCAGGCACUUAGUGAGCUGACGCACGACGACAUACCCGUGGAAUUUUAUCACAAGCUUGGUAGCUAUCUUAGAAAAGAGAAUUGUCUGCGUGGCCAAUGUCUAUGGAAAGAUGGCGACCCUGCAGACUGCCUCAUUGUACUUGAGCAGGGAUCGUUACGAAGUUUGAUGCCUGUCGCCAAAGACGACUAUGUCGUUGUAGAAUCUAUUUUACCAGGCACUGUAGUGGGAGAACUUGGCCUCUUCACAGGUGGUCCUCAUCGUACGCGGUCACUUAUUGCAGAGCAAGAUUCAGUUCUUUGGAAACUGACACAGGAAGCCUUUGAAAGUAUGAGAUUGGCAGAUCCGCAACUUGCAGCUCAGUUUAUCAUGCUCUCUCUUCAUUUCUCAAGUGAUCGAAUGGAAACAAUGACACGAUACGCGUUUCAACUGAACUGAACAUAAUAGUCAUUCAAACUUGCAUACACUUUAUUCUCUCCGACUCGCUGUAUUAUCAUUACUACAUACCACCCCACGUAACAUUUUCCCUCACCCCACCUUCUUUGAUAAACAACCAG